UUGGCCAGAAAUGUUCUGACAGCCCCCCCCACACACCCCCACUGGUUGCUCCUUGCAGCAUCUCGGCCCCUGGUCCGCCGGCUCAACUUCCUCAUCUUUGGUGCCUCCCGAGACUCUUGAUUAAUUCGUCCGACUUAGCAGAAUCUGGAAAGUUAUGCAAUCGCUUCUCAGAUAUGAUGAGGCGUUGGUUGGUUUUCCAAGAAAUCCCCACCCUCUCCGGAGGUGCUGCGUGUAUAAGAGGGGAAGAGUCCUGGCAUUCAAGCCACAAGCCUAGGAGAACUCGCCCUGACAGCCUUCUCUGCUUCUGCCGCUGAGCCUGAACCAACCGCCUCCUCCUGCAAGCAUGACUUUUUCCUCCAAGGCUCUCCUCGCCGUCCUGCUGGUCGCAACGGCUGCCUUCUUCGCCCAGACGGAAGCGAACCCAUUCUGCUGCAUUUCGUAUAAUGUGAAACCAGUUCCACGGAACUUAUUGGUCUCCUACCAACAUACAAGCAGCGUCUGUGCACUCCCAGCAAUCGCAUUUGUCACAAAGGGCGGUAGGAUCAUCUGCGCUGAUCCCAGACAAGCAUGGACCCAAGAUCGCUUGGAAUACCUCCGAGGAAACUGACCCCUGCGGCUGCUGCUGCUUCUGUUCCUCCACUAAAUACACAUUUAGUGUACCACCACAUGAAUGCCUGCACUUUUCAGAACAACCAAGGGGAGUUGAUAAAUCAAAAACUUGAUAUUUUUUUCUUACCAAUUGCACAUGAAUAAGUUAAAUAUUUGUUCCAGGGUAUCACAAAUAAUGUAUUCUAUUUAAGUUAUCUCUGAAUAUUUUAAGCAAUUAAGUAUUUUUAUAUUUAUUUUGAAAGGAAAGUGAGAUGGUCGAAACAUUUUGUUAAAAGUUGCCCCAAAGACUAUGAUGUAUGUUAAUAAAUCUCAGGCAAAAAUGUC